AUGCCCCGUCCCCAACCUGUACCGAUACCAAUAGUCCCGGGUGCGGACAUUGCUGUACCUCGAACUGUGGUAGCAGUUCCAGCGAUGAGUGCACUACACAAACAGCCACCAACUACUGGGUCACUUGCUCUGGCACCAGCUGUUCCACCACAAGAACGGAUACUUUUGCUGGAUGUUCAUAUCCCAGAGAUCGCCAUCGUCGGGGGCGGACCAUAUACGGUAACAGGGGGGGGCAUCAACGUCAAUGGCACGAGUAUCCGCGUGCCGAAUGUGGGCGGCAGCGAACAGGUCAGUACGAUAAUAGACAAUGUGCCCAUGGUCAUCAUCCCAAGCUAUUCAGGAACGGUGGUCGUGCCGGUGUUCCCAGCGGCCAAGCCGACUUCCGACUCAAACCCAGACUCCACUACCUCCUCGACGACCACGUCUACCACGUCUACUACCAGCUCAGCAGAGCCAGCACCUACCUCUGCGGAUGGUUGUGACUUGAUGAGGAAACAAGGUGUAUGCUGGAACAAAUGUGAUCCCAUCACUGGCAAGGCCGUGCCUUUUGCAACCAUCAGACAGACUGUCCAACCACAUUCGAAUGUCAACCAAGUAGUUGGGCUCGAGGUGGAUGUGGAAAGUCAGAACCAGAUUCUGGCGGUUGCGCCAUAA